AUGACGCGCCAUAAGGCACUUGAGUUGAGGUGGGUGCCGGGUGAUAAACCGGCUGCGAUGGAAGUGCGGCUGAUGACACACCGGGCGGAAGAGGUGAGAAAGGCAGCUUAUAUCCGCUUCCGCCGUACGACUGCGGGGCAAGUGAAGGAGGGCAAUAAGCUUGAGAAGGCGCAGCCGUGGCGGGCGCAUGAGUGGCCGCCUCAAACGGCUGCAUCGGUGGUGGUGGUGGUGGUGGUGGUGGCGGCGGCGGUGGUGGUGGUGGUGGCGGCGGUGGUGCGGUUGCAUUCAUACCAAAUGGAUCUUGCUGCAUCCAAACCGGUGGCGGUGGUGGAUCGCUCGGUGGCGGCGGAGGCACAUAGUUCGAGACUCCGUGACGCUGUUGCUGCUGCCGAGGUCUCGUGUCGAAGAGUUCAUCCAAGUCGAAGUUCAUCCAGCGUGCGGUGA